AUGCCGGUUGACCAGGCUGACGAUGCCCCUGCGGCCAAUGUGCCACAAAAUGACGCUGACAACGCCGAUCAGACCAUAGGCGAGAUGUUCAUGGAAGCUGUAACGGCUGUAGGGUCGACCAUGCGUUCGACUUUUGUGGAGGCUAACCGCUGCGUGCGAAACUGCGUGUACCCAGCCAAGCAGCGAUGCAUCCAGCUGUAUGACGACCUGACGAGCAAUUUCUCGGCCAGGGGGACUCGCAAUGUAACGAGCGUGCCACACGUAUCGAGAUUCGGUAACGACUGUGGUGUCUCAGAAUGA